AUGGUAGUCGAACCGCCCGUUGCGAACGGCGGCGCGUACGAGCGCAUUCCCGACGAGGACCAGGGGCGGCAAGAUGGCCGGCCCUUUUUCCCCUACGCGCGGCUCCUCAACGGCGAAAUCCCCCCGGAGCGCCCCGGCUGGCAAGCUUUCACCCGUCCAGACGACCUGUACGGCGUCGCUGGCACCGUGGCGAGGCGGCCAGGGCAGUGGCCCGCCUGGGAGGUGCCACGGCUCGUCCUUUUCGCGCUCGUGGUCAUACCGCUGCGCCUCGCCCUCGUCGCCGUCCCGUUCGUCCUCUGGCUCGUCCUCAUCCUCCUCUCCCGGCCCAUCCGGCCCCUGGCGCCACUCGCGCUCUUCAUAGCACAGCACGGCUCGCGCCUCCUGCUCUUCGCCUUCGGCUUCCACUACAUUGAAUACCGCGCUCUACCAGGGUGCGAGAAGGAGCCCCUGCGAGAGCGCAAGCGUCCGAUCAUGGCCGUGAGCAACCACAGCUCGUACCUCGACAUCGUCGUCCACUGCUACCUGCACUGCCCAGGGUACGUGGCGCGCGCCGGCACGGCGCGCACGCCGCUCCUGGGCGCGAUCGCGCAGACGUUCGGGUGUCUGUACGUCGAGCGCGACAAGGCGCGGGCGCGCGCGCUGGGCCGGACCGUCGCGAACGUGUCCAAGGCGGUCGCGGAUCGCGCCGUGUCGAAUGCGGAGCGGCAGGCCGCGCGGCGCAGCUUCCGGCCGCUGUGCAUGUUCCCCGAGGGCACGACGUCGAACGGGCAGCAGCUCCUGCACUUCCACCGCGGGGCGUUCCUUGCCGGCACGGCCGUGAAGCCUUACAUCAUUAAGUACCCCCCCGUGACUGUCAGCCCGACGUGGGAGUCGAUAGGCAUCGUCCGGCAGCUCUUCCUGCUCAUGUGCGCGCCGUGGAACCGCAUGGAGAUCACGGAGAUGCCGCUGUACGUCCCGAAUGCGCGCGAGAGGGCGGACCCCGCGCUUUACGCGGAGGGCGUGCGACGAGAGAUGGCGCGGGUCGGGGGGCUGGGCGUGACGGACGCAGGGUUCAAGGAACACAUGGACUACAUCGCGGCGAUCAAGGAGUCGCUGGCGGCGCGCAGAAAGGGCGUGGACCUGCACUGUGCGGGGUGGGUGGCGCCCGAGGAGGUGUCGACGGGGACGGUGGGGACGAUGAACGGGUCCGCGCGGUCGGACGGUGGCAGCACGCACGGGGUGGUGGAGGAGAAGGGCGCGGAGCGGAAGGUGUCGCCCUGA